AAUCUAAACAUGGCGAGAUGUGACGGGGAAGUGAACACGUCUGCUUUCGAAGCAUAAGUUUAUGCUUUUCCCUUGUUUUCUGGCGGAAUCGGCUAUCGCCAAAACACAACCAUGAUGGAAGGUGAGUUAUAUGAGGUUCCACCGUCCGUUAAUUACCCUCCACGGGAUAACUACCCUUACUUUGGGGACGGGACCGGCCGCUCUGAGCCCAUAACAAUCCGUAACAUCAAGAUCCGCUCUGAUAGUGACGCUCAGGAUAUGGAGGAUCUUCCUAAGAAAGACGCUAUGAGACGAAGCCCGCUGUUUAGCCAGCCCAACGGAACCCUACAGUACACUGUGAAAGGGAACGACACGCUGAACAGCAUCGCCCUUCACUUUGAGUCGACGCCCACUCAGCUGAUGCGACUGAACCACCUCAGCAGUCGCAUGCUGUUCCCGGGACAGAUUCUGUAUGUACCGGAUCCCGACUCGCCUGAGCCCAUAUGCUUGAGCCCAUCCUCAACAACCAAGAAAACAUUCGACCUUCCUGUGGUAAGCCAGAAAUCUGACAUUCCCAAGGUAACUCAGUCCAAGACCAGCACCAGUGCCAAACGCUUCCUGCUUCUCAAGUCCAAGAGCAAAGAGGAGAAGGCGACGUCCAGCAAGCGCGGUCGCAAGUCCCUGCUCCGGUACCAGACGGAGCCGCGGCCGGGGAGGGUGAUCCGAGAUCGCUCGCAGGACGACGACGCGGAGGAGAGCAAGAACUUCUUGAAGCUGGACGUCAAGUAUAUCACUGAUGGAGAGGGUGUUGUCAGCGGCACCAUGUUGGUCACCCCCAACGCCAUCAUGUUUGACCCCAACGUUUCGGAUCCCCUGGUCAAGGAGCGGGGUACCAGUCCCUACGGUGUCAUCACACAGAUGGAUGCAGUCCGGGGAGCGGCCAUGUACCACGACAUCUCGGCCAUGAAUCUCAAGACCAAACCAGAGAGCACCGAACCUGGCACGUGCCCAGUUUACGUCCCUGAAAACGCAAAGGAUGGCAACAAGAACUCGCCGACAUCCCAAAACCAAACUUCACCCACCACAGAUACCAAACCAGGGACUGAACCAAACGAUAAGCCAAGCCAACCAGAUUCCGUUCUGAGAACCAUCUCAAAUCUGAGCGACGGCUUCGUGCAUGUGAUUGACGACGUUGAGAGAUCCAAGGAGACGGCCGGUGCGACUCAGGAAUUGAACGGUUGCACUUCGAUACCCGAGAGAGACGGGGACGUCGAAAUGGACAACUUGGAAAGUGAGGAUUGCGUCAAGAAAGAGGAAUCCGAACUCCAAAAACAGGCAGAUGAUACUGUCACAAACAAUGGUGAAGUUGGGUGCGAGUCAACAGAGGGAGCUCUUCAUAAUGAUCUCCAUGCUAGUACGACCACUGGGGACGCUGUUGCCCCCCAUGAGAAUGACAGUAACGAGGAUAAGAUCAUCAUCCCUGAAGACUCGAACCAAAGCCAGGACAUCAAGGAUCUCUCAGAGAGAGAGUUAACAAACAAUGAUGCAACUCAUACAGGGAGCACCUCCAUCGAAGCUUGUGACGACAUGGAGUCUCAGGAUCAGGUGGUUUCAUCAGACUCGAAAGGGUCCCUCCCAGACCUGGUCGAAUCAGCCGAGCAGUCGGUCAAAGACAAGGACUCUCCAACUGAGACUGAUCCCUUGGUAUCAGCAGCGGAAACCACCUGCCCGUUUUGUCACGGCGACAUGACCAGCAAGAUGUGCAGCGCUGAAGAUGCAUCCAAACUCCAAGCCCGUUCGACAGUGGAGGGCACGUCCCCGUCAAACAUGCCCGGGUUUGUCAACUUCUCGUCCGGGAUCUUCUUACGUGAGUGCAAGCGAUGCACGGCUGUCCCGGAUAUCACGGAGUCGGUACAGGAUACCAGCGCCACUGAGCGUGAGCUUGAAGCGAUCAAAGCCGAGGGACGAGAGAUCAGGAGACAGAGCGACCUGCUCUCGGAGCUCCCUGAUGCGGAUGAUGAAGACUCCCAUCCUCCUCCCGAGAAUGAGAAAGCCAAGACAACUAAAGAUGUGAACAAGGAGGUCGUGCUGGGGUACAAUAAGACCAACUUUGAAGAGUACCUCCCUAAGCCAGCCCAGCGCUACGAAGACCCACCCUUGUACCUCUGUCUGCGAGUCGGCCGACCCAUGAGCAAGACUUUCCCAGGAGGUAGCUGCGAAGGCAAGGGAGCCGGCGCCAAACGCAACCACAAGCUGCCAGAGUAUUGGUUUGCGAUUCCCAGGGAAAAGGCCGACAACCUGUAUGCCUUCUUCCUGCAGUGGUCCCCGGAUGUCUACGGGAAGGAGGGUAGCCCAGAUGAUGUGGGUUUCGUCGCUGUGGAUGACGAGCUAGAGUCGAGUCUUGAGGUCAUCGAGGACUUCUUCGAGGAGCCUAUCGGCAAGGACUGGGAGAUUAUCACGAAGGAGGAGGCCAAUCGGCGGCGGAUGACCAUCUUAGAAUGCGAGAUGAACCUACCGCUGCCUGAACUAGAAGGAGCCACCAGUAUUCUCUUAGAACCAGAACACGUCAGAAAGCUCACCAAGCAGCUUCCGGCAAGAACCGAGGGUUACAGCUGGAAGAACAUCUACAGCACGGCAGAGCACGGCUACAGCCUGCGCAACCUGUAUCGGAGCAUGAACGGCAUCGAUAGUCCCGUUCUCAUUAUCAUCAGAGAUUCAUCUGGAAUGAUAUUUGGAGCACUUAGCCCCUGCGCUGUUAAGGUCAGCGAGCAUUACUACGGCACAGGGGAGACAUUUCUGUUCAACUUUAUUGACUGGGAACUCAACGUCUACAGGUGGACCGGUGAGAACAACUUCUUCAUCAAGGGAAACUACAACAGUCUGACCCUGGGAGGCGGAGAUGGUGCGUUCGGUCUCUGGCUAGACGGAGACUUGUACAGAGGAAGAAGCAGGAGCUGUAAGACGUUUUCCAAUCCGUGUUUAGCUCACGAUGAGGACUUUAUCAUCGCUGAUCUGGAAGCUUGGGGAUUCGGACUCGCCUAAACUGUACAAAGAAAAAUAAUGGAAAUCGCUCAACCCAACUUGCAAGUGUCUAGGGUUUGGAUCCAGAUAACUGUGACAAUUCUUUGAAGUGUCUGUGAUUUGAAUUCCGUAUUCCAUGUAAUGUGAGGAUAUCGUCAAGUGAAAAAUGAACAAAAUACAAACGAAAAUCAAGGAGAUGAAGUUAUGCAUUGAAGUGUUUGUGGCUCGAGUCCAGUUACAGUUCUGUGCGGAUUGCAUGAGGGGGAAUGCAAGAACUUGACAGCAAUUUUGAGAUGUUGCACUACAUGGAAUGCAUUGUGAGUUGCAUUCUGGAGUGUCGAUGGUUCGAAUCCAGCUUUGUAUGUGAAUGAUUAAAGAGAGGAUGGAACCUUUUAAAACGAGGAUAGAUAGAAGAAAUGUGACUUGAACUUCUGAGAGAAGCCACGCAAGCAAGAUUUAUAACAGAUGUACGAUGCGUAUUCUGGACUGGUCUGCGGUUCGAGUCCACCCGAGGAUUGUGGAUUGCUCCGUCAACUUGCGCAGUGACCUUCAGAGGAAUGAUGGAAGCAUGACCUUUGACCUCAGUGGCGACCUAUGUUUGAUCCUCAGUUAGAUUUUAUUCUCAUCACGCCCUAAACGGCCAUGGUUCGAAUCCGCUCAGAUGUUUGUGAGGAAUUCACAGUGAACUGUUGGAAUCCGGAUCAAUCCUCACGAACCAUUCAAAAACUUGCCAAAUGUAUCUACCGGGAGCCUCAAUAAGAAUGGACCUGCUGGCUCCCUUGUAAUAUAUGUAUAUAAAUAUAUACUCGUUGAUUAUCGCCUCCCUUUCUUUGGAAUGGAAUGGACCGCUUAUGAGUUAAACUAAUGGACUGUUGGCGGGACCAUUUCCUGGAAGAGGGGUGCAAGGACACCAAGUGUUGUUGGAAUGUAACUUUUGGAUCUGUGGGAGUGCUUUGUCAUUCCUACUUUGCGAAUGGAAUGGACUACAAACUUAAAACGUGCUCAUAGGGAGUUUUUUUGAUACAGUAAAAAGAAUGUUCCAUUUCGGAAGGUUCUUUGCAAAAUAUAAAUGAUAUUUGGAUAAAGGAAAGAAUGGCACGACAUAAAGGUUUUGACCCAUGUUGACUGCGGUACAAGCACAUAAUGAAAAUUUCAAUAAUACCUCAUCCAGUUUGCAUCUAGGCAGGUGUGCAUGUACCACUGUUUGUUAAGUACAUGUGCAAAAAAAAGUGUGCAUAAAUCAGAUGAUUUGCUAUGCAAUAUGCAAAUAAUGUAAUUUGCAUAUUUUGCAUAUGCUAAGUAGUUUGCCUGGUAAGCAUUUUAUUAACCCCAUGCCCUUAACAACCCACAGUAGCAAGGUUACCAGUGAAUGGAUCCCUGUAUGUAAAAUACUUAGUACUGUGAAUAAUGAGGAUCGUCGGUGCAUGUCCAUAUUUUUGUGUGAAAUUUCGAGAGAGAUUUGUGGAGUCUCUGAAACUAAAAUUCCGACUGAAUUAAAUUCUACUAUUUAAGGCAGGGUAGAAAAUGUAAUGCCACGUUAUUAUUUUAUGAAAGAUGCUUUAUUGGUUGGGGAAAAGAUUGUUUUACUUUUCCAGUUGAAGUAAUGAUUUAUGUACCAGCUUCUUUUUUGCAGGUGUUCUAUUCAUUAAUACUUAAAGGGCCAAUCACAUGAAUUUUACUUGGGAACAUAUUUGUGCAAUUUCCUCCUCUUAAAUGUAUGAAAACUAUUUGACAUCCCUUUUUGGCUAAUGUUAUUGAAAAGUGCACUUCUUUAAACAUUUAAAAUUGUCCUUGCUUUUGCGGAGGGCGCUGUUGCUGUGAUGUCAUUUCAGGAAGAAUACCAUUUCAGGAAGUACAACAGCAAAAUGUCCAAAUUCUGGCAAUUUUUGUUGCUGAAAUAGCUGUAACGUUGAGGUUUCUGCCUGAAAUGACAUCACACUUUUGCUCAUGAAUAUACAUACUUUCAUUAACAUAAAACUAAAUAGGCACCAAAAUGCCCUUAAAAAGGGCAAAAUGAAAAUUGAAAAUAAAGUUAAAUGGGACACAAAGGUGCAUUUACAAGGACUGGAUUAAAAAAAAUUAUAUUAAAUGAGCCCUUUAAGUUAAUUAUUACUCAAUAAUUUUCCUUGCUUUAGUAUCAGAGGGAUGUCAGUUUUACAACUCAAUGUUGUUUCCCUUUUAAAACUAAAUUUUUGCGUUUUCACUGGUGUAAUUUUCCAGGCGCAGUAAAGAAUAUCAUUAUCGGUGAAGGGGAAACCCAGUAUUCAAAUUGACAUUUCCCAGACGCAAAAUUCCUGUAAAAUGUAAUCUAGUCCUUUGUUUGGGAAUUAUUUGAAAAUUCAAAUAAAAAAACCAAGCCAUGAGCAUGGUUUUCUGAAGUUAUACCCAGUGAUUUGUGAAAAUGUUGGUGAUAACAUGUUAUCCUAUUCAUGUAUACUUCUCCCAAUAAUAUUUACAAAUGUAGGCCGACUUGUACGUAUAGAAUAAUUACCAAAGCACCCCUGUGUAAUAUAGUGAUACUAUAGAUUGGUUGCAUUCAGUGGCCAUCUUGAAGCUGUGUUCUGUUAUAUUAAUUCAUUAACCCUCCUAUGCAAACAUACAUUCUGUGCCAAGUUGUCAUUUCAGUCAAAAUCAAUCAAGUGACUGUUUUCUAUGGUUAAGAGCUCCCAGCCUACAGAAAGCAGGAUUGACUGGCUGUGACUGUUUAUGUAAUUUGAUACGGCUAUGCUUUGACUGUCGGGGUGCGUUCGAGCGUGCUACUCGUGUUAACACGAGUAUACUCCUGAGCGCCCGAACGGCAGGAGUACGACCCGCGGGUUAGCAAGAGUAUGCUCUCCAUCAUACCGGGAGUAAACUCCUGCACUGAGAGUAAUUCAUGCGCACGCAACAUUUUCCUGCACACGGGAGUAGCAAGAGUAACACGCUCAAACGCACCCUAGGUGAUUGAUAAGCCAGCUGUGCUUAACACUUUUUUUGUUUUUGUCUGUUGACUGAAUUUGACUAGUCACAGUGCUUGCUUGAAAUAUGAUCCGACUGUUGGUGACUAGCCUGUGUAAAAGGCAUGGCAGGGGAAGAGGAUUUAUGUUUUUGACUGUCUCAGUGUCUGUGACUGUUCAAAUAGCAGAGGGUUAAUGAACACACAAGAGGUCCACUCAUGCGUGUCCCUGUUGAACAAAAGCACACACCUCAAACAUGGCUGCAGUGCAACCUGUCUAUAGGAGUAAUACUGGUUUGUAUCAGUUAAGAAUGUUGGUUAAAAUUGCCGUUAUUGUUGCAUGUUUCAAUCAAUUUCAAUCUUUUUAUUGAUUGUUGAGUUUUGGAAUCAGACAUUUGAAGUUAUUAAGUGCUCAAUUUUUUGGUUGGAAAUAAAGCGAUUGAAGUAGAGUUUGAAAAUCUCCUUUGAGUAAACUCAGCACCCAAGAACAUCAGAGUUUUUGCUUUUUAAACAUUUAUGUUACUUCGGCAUGUAACUUUGAAGCAACAUUAAUAUUUUUCAAACUUCAUUAUGUUAUUCUCUGAUGUAGGGAUUUACCAACAAAGCACAUUUCAGAAUCGUCUUUUUGUUGCAAUAUAGUACAGUUAUUGUUUCUAAAUAUGAUAUUGUUUCAAUCUUAAGUACGCACAGUGUAUUAUGAUUUUGAUACAUUUAAUAUAAGAAGUUGCUUGAUUGUAAACUGAAAGUAAUUCAAUUUGAGAGUUUUUGCAUGUUUAAAAGAAAAGUACUGUAAGUUGAAAUCUGCAAAUAUGUUUAAUUUUUUUUUUAAUUAACUAUAUUUUUUAAUUAACUAUAAUUACGAUUUAGCAGAAUGAAAAAUGAAAUUUUGGAAAAGUACAUUUAUUACGGCAGAUAGGUGAUGGGAUUGUGCCUUUACAAGAAUGGCAUUUGGCACGCUGUCAGAGUAUGUCAUGAGAAAGAUAUUUGGCUAUAGGGCCAUCGCAGAAUUGUCCUUUGAAAAUUCGUAGGUAGAAAAUCAAGCAAUGGCAGCCAUUUUGAAAAUUUUGAAAAUUGCUUGUUAUUCUACUUAUAUUUUGUUCAAAGGACAAAUGUGUGAUAGCCUCAAAGCCAAAAUAUCUUUCUCAUGUCACACUCUGACUGUGUGCCAAAUGCCAUGCUUGUAUCAUCAAAGGCACAACUCACGCAAAUACUUCCCGCAUCUGUACCACUAACUCAGUUUGUAAGAUUUAAGAAAAGCUUGCCUACGUGAAGAGAGACAAACUUGGCAUUUGUCCUUUUGGAUUUUAAUCCUGUCGAAACAAAGGGCAACUCGAUCUGAGGCUGUCGUAUCAUGCUUUUCUGAAGAAGCCAACUUUUAGUGUGGAUUCGUUUUGUUAAAUAACAUCACCACAUUUACAAUGAUGUGUCCCUUUGUUGCCAUGAGAUGCCAUUUUGUAAACACAACACCAAUUUCUAAUUUUUAAAAAAAAUCUGUAAGAAUUCUAUUGAAACAACCCAGUUUGAAAAAGGCAGAUUAUUAAAAACUUGACAAAAUUCAAAAUUUUUAUUUUAUUUGAAUUGUAUUAAUUCUCUGUUUUGUUAUUAAUUCUGUGUUUUGUUUAGCGACAAAAGUAGUUAUAACCCUUCUUGUGCACAAAAAUUGUACGAUUCAAUACUAUUGAACGACAUUAUAAAUGUUCCCAACACGUCUACUUAAGAGCAUUAUAGAAAUUAAUCUAUGAAAUAUGUAUGUAAAAAGUGUAUUGCAUUUGGAUAAUUAAAACAGUAGACAAAAUCAUAGUCUACCACAGUGAACA